UGAUGUAAUAUGAUGUACUCAACAUUGUGUCUGAAAUGAAGAUGUUGGGAGCUUCUGUAGCAGCAAUUAUUCUGCUCUGCACUGUACAUGGUUUAGAGGUCUGCUAUGAUAGGCUUAAAUGCUUCUCUGAUGAACCUCCUUGGGCUUGGACAAUACAGAGGCCUAUUGCAAAAUUGCCAUGGACUCCUGAAAUAAUAAAUACACGGUUUCUUUUAUUUACUCAGCAGAAUCCCUUAGUUUAUCAGGAAAUUAGUGCCAUUGAUCCUUCAACAAUUUCUGCAUCCAGCUACAACUCAAGCAGGAAAACUCGUUUUAUUAUUCACGGAUUUAUUGACAAAGGAGAUAAAUACUGGCUAGUUGAUAUGUGCAAGAAAAUAGUAGAAGUGGAAGAUGUCAACUGCUUAUGUGUGGAUUGGCAGGGUGGAUCACACUGCACAUAUUCACAGGCGUCCAACAAUGUUCGUGUAGUUGGGGCAGAGAUAGCAAACUUCAUUAAUGUUCUGCAGUCUAAUUUUGGACAAAACAUUUCUGACGUUCAUGUAAUUGGACACAGCCUUGGGGCACAUGCGGCAGGAGAAGCAGGGAAAAGGACACCUGGCUUAGGAAGAAUAACAGGCUUGGAUCCUGCUGAACCUUAUUUCCAAGACACCCCACCUGAAGUGAGGCUUGAUCCAACAGAUGCAAACUUUGUGGAUGUCAUCCAUACAGAUACAGCACCCAUAAUUCCAUACCUUGGUUUCGGAAUGUCACAGCCUGUUGGCCAUAUUGAUUUCUAUCCAAAUGGAGGGUAUCCUAUGCUUGGUUGUGCUGUGCCCUCCAUUAUACAGGCAGUGGACCUCGCCACAAUCGAUUCAAUCUGGGAAGGAACACGUGAGUUUGCUGCUUGUAACCAUUUCCGAUCGUACAAGUACUACUAUGAAUCCAUUACCGAUCCAGGUGGAUUUGUUGGUUAUCCAAGUUCUUCAUAUGAGGAAUUUCAAAGUGGUGCUGGCUUUCCAUGCUUAAGUUCUUGCCCCACAAUGGGUCAUUUUGCAGAUGGCUAUAAUGUUUCAUCUGGUACUGUGAAUGCUAAAUUUCACUUAAAUACUGGUGAAGCAAAACCAUUUUCCCGAAGGAGGUUUAAAGCAACUGUGCAAAUAACAGGGAACUACAAUACCUUUGGUAACAUAAAUGUUGCUUUCCAUGGAUCUAAAGGAGGCUCCGUACAACAUAAUAUUGCCAAGGCAAUGCUUAUAUCUGGACAUUCAUACACUGGUUUUACUGACAUAGAACUGGAUGUUGGAGAACUCAUAAAGGUUGAAUUUUCGUGGACCAGUGCAAUAAUCAACCUACUAUUUCCAAAUAAUUUUGGAGCUGAAAAAAUAGUAGUACAACAGGGAAGUGAUGGAAAGAUAUAUAAUUUCUGUGGUUCAGAAACUGUGCAAAGAAAUGUCUUGCAAACCUUACGUCCAUGUUAAUAUGGAGCUUUGUUGCAUUAUCCCAUUGUACAGAGAGAAAUAAAACAUGUAGUGAGUGUAUAGACCUUGUAAUGCAUUAUUCAUAGCCUUUUCUUUUAAAAUAUAUUGUUUUCUGAAUAGAGCAGUCAUCCAUAUUAGCACAGGGUAGUUGUCAUAAUGAACUAUUUCAGACUUGACUUGUAGAUCUAGUAGAUAAUUAAAGGUCA